AUGGACGCCCCCACCGCACUGGCCUCAUUCAUGAACAUCACUGGCGCCGACUCCGGCAGUGCGAUGCAAUAUUUGGAGCUCACCAACUGGAAGCUCGACGAAGCCGUCAAUCUGUACAUGGAGAGCGGAGGCCAAAGCGCCAGCACAGAAUUUGCAGCGCCACGUCCAAAUUCAGCAAGUGCCAGCGCCACUUUUGAGUCGCCAAUGGCUUCAACUACCGAUAUGGAUGCAGCUACAGCUGCCGCUAUUGCAGCUGCCUACGGGGCCGAUGAGAGCGCUAUUCGUGCGCCCGACCCGUCGAAGCGCCAGCGUCUUGUGGGUACAGAAAUGGACCUUGUGAGGCCACUGCGCCACCUGCGCGACCAACAUCGCGACUUUGCAGCAGAGAGCAUCGCAGCAAUCACAGGCGGUAGUAUUGCUACGGCUUUUGGAGGGUCCGGUGCAGUGGCGUUUGAUGAAGCAAUGAAUGGCUCCAACGGUGGUGGUAAUGAGCGCGUUCGUGAUCUGAGCACGCUGUUCCAGCCACCGACAGCGAUAAUGUUCCAGGGGACUUAUGCUGAUGCUCGCAAUCACGCAAAAAAAGAGGGAAAGUGGCUCUUGGUGAACAUUCAAGACGAGAUUGUAUUCGCAAGUCAUAUACUCAACCGAGACACGUGGAGUAACGAUGUCGUGCAAAAUCUAGUGGCAAGCGGCUUUGUGUUCUGGCAGAAUUACUGGGCGUCCGAGCAUGGCAAAAAGUUUUGUAGCCUUUACCAAAUCGACCGCAACUCGCUUCCGAUCGUCGUGAUUAUUGAUCCGCGGACAGGAGAAAUUCGGCAUCGGCUGUCGGAUUCUCUCAAGCCACAGGACAUGAUAGAAAAGUUGUCUGAUUUCUGCUGUAUGGAAACGCGGGAUGAAUCGUUGGCUGAAGAAAAGAAGGAGAUUCAUACUACCAUCAUGGACGCAUCUGAAGACGAUCAACUGGCAGCAGCAAUCGCUGCUUCGAUGGAGGGCAACAAUGAUGCCAGCGAUGAAGAUGAGAUGGAGCAAGUCGAAGACGUCAUAGACCAAGAGGAGAAAUACGGGACGGAGACUGCACAAGAGUCGGUCGUGACCUUGACACCGGAACCCGAUGCCGGAGCACCUGGCACUACUCGAGUACAAAUCCGCGUGCCCGACGGUUCCCGCUUAACGCGGCGCUUUGUCAAGACCGAUCCGCUUGCUAUGGUAUGGUCGUUCGUGAAGGAUCAGGUACCGGAGGCUCGGGAACGCGCAUUUGAGCUGCGCACUGCAUUCCCACCCAGCGUCGUGGCGUACAACGACACAUUGUCCAUUCAAGAUGGUAAGCUUGAGAACGCAUCACUGAUGGUCAAAUGGCUGUAA